AUGAGGCCAUGUCAUAGUGGUCUACCAACUUGUGACCUCGAGUGUGACCUUCCCGAGUGUGACCUUCCCGAGUGUGACCUUCCCGAGUGUGACCUUCCCGAGAGCGACCUUCUCGAGUGUGACCUUCCCGAGAGCGACCUUCUCGAGUGUGACCUUCCCAGGUGUGACCUUCCCGAGUGUGACCUUCUCGAGUGUGACCUUCCCGAGAGCGACCUUCUCGAGUGUGACCUUCCCAGGUGUGACCUUCCCGAGUGUGACCUUCUCGAGUGUGACCUUCCCGAGAGCGACCUUCUCGAGUGUGACCUUCCCAGGUGUGACCUUCCCGAGUGUGACCUUCCCGAGUGUGACCUUCUCGAGUGUGACCUUCUCGAGUGUGACCUUCCCGAGUGUGACCUUCCCGAGUGUGACCUUCCCGAGAGUGACCUUCCCGAGUGUGACCUUCCCGAGUGUGACCUUCCCAAGAGUGACCUUCCCGAGUGUGACCUUCCCAAGAGUGACCUUCCCGAGUGUGACCUGAUCAUGUACAAGGUACCACAGACUGUGCCCCUGGCACCUCUCUCCAGAAAAAAAAUCUACACGAGAGAUAAAGACGCUCAAAUGAGUCGAGAAAAUGUAAGAAAAUACUGUUACACUGUACGAGUGGUCUACAUGUGGAAUAUACUGAGAGACGACGUGUUGAAGGAAACCUCCAUCCACAACAUUAAGGCAAGAUUCGACCAAGAAUUGGAACAUCGGAGUAAGUAA